AUGGCGGCCUCAUCAUCGAAGAGCGAGGAGGAGUUUCUUGAUAAUGCCGUUGCUACUGCCAAUGAGACAGGAUGCCUUAUGUCAUUACAUGAAUGGUCGACCGAGGAGGGCUCCUCAUCAGUGCAAGAGAGCCAGCCAGAGAGUCAGCCAGAAGAAGAAAGAGAGGAUGAAGAAGAUGGGGAUGGUGAAAGUGAGGAUGGUGAUGGGGAUGAAGGGGAGAAUGGUGAUGAGGGUGAAAGCAGGGAUGACGGGGAGGCUAUAGAGGAGGAGGAGGAUGAGGAUGAGUCAAAAGAUACCUUGGAUGACAGUGGUGGCCAGGGUGAUGAGGAUGAGGAUGGCGAUGACAGCUCAGAGGAUGACAGCGACAACAGUGACAUCCCAGAGCCAACUCCAACCAAAAGGCGCCGUCCACAACCAGCCCCUCGUAGGAAGAGAGGAAAAGUACAGCCUGAAUCUGACAAUGUUCCCGAUCCACCGUCGGUUUACCAGCCAGACUACCCCUGCGAUGAAGAUGGUUGGACGAGAACCCUACAUAACAUCAGCAUCGAGGCCUUCAGGGGGAAAACACCGCACGGAGCCUGUUUUCGACGGUCCGACUCGCCACUCAACUACUUUCUCCAUUUUUUCCCACUAAGCCUUCUACUGUCAAUAGUAGCGUGGACAAACGUAAGGCUGAAAAAACCACGGAAAGUGCUCACAAAUAUCCGAGAAAUUCGUGCCUGGUUUGGUGUUCAUGUUUUGAUGGGAGUAGUCAAAGUCAACAAUUACCGGCUCUACUGGUCCACCCACCCAGCCCUACACAACACAGCCAUUUCCACUACAAUGACAAGGAACCGGUUCGACACACUAAAUGAAUACCUGGCCUGCAAUGAUCCUCAAAAAGACCCGGAACUCAUAAAGGACAAGGCUGAGCGAUACUGUACAAAGAAAAAACAUCCCCUGUACCUCCUCCAACCAAUCUGGGACAAAGUGCGAGAUCAAUGCCUUCAUCAGUACAACGCCGCCCGAGAGCUAACGGUUGAUGAGGCAAUGAUAAAGUACCGUGGCUUCAAGUCAUGUGUUCGGAAGUUUUUCAUGCCCCUCAAACCCAUCAGAGCAGGGUUUAAAGUGUAUGUGCUGGCGGAGUCUUCUACAGGAACCACCCUUAAUUUCAUGGUCCAUCCUCAUGGUGACAAGCCAUCAAAAAUGGCCGACAUCACCAUGAAAGUUACAAAACACCAUCUUGGCCGCUACCACCACCUCUAUACUGAUAAGCUUUACACAUCCGUCAACCUCGCCAAUCUCCUCCUUCAAAAAUCAACAUACCUUACAGGGGCUGUGAAGUCGAAUAGCAAGGGGCUCCCCAAAGACCUACUCACCACCUCGGCAAACCCUGACAGGCAGAGAGCUGCAAAUGCCAAAAAAGUCCCAAGAGGCACAUUUUACAUCCGACAGAAUGGCAGCAUCAUAGCGGCGAUGUGGAAGGACAGCUGGGUGAUGAUGACCCUUUCCACAGGUCACCAGGGUUGGCGAGAUCCUCUCCAUCACACUGUCAAGAAGAAGAUUCCACACCCGGACACAGGUCGGCUAAUCAAGAGCGACAUACCUGCUCCUCCCCAGGCAAUCGAUUAUACGAGAUACAUGGGUGGUGUCGAUCGAGGAGAUCAACUGCGAUCUUACCAUACUUGCUCCAGGAAAUCCCAGUUCUGGUGGAAGAAGCUAUUGUACUUCCGGAUCGACAUUGCCCGUGUGAAUGCCUGGAUUGCCUUCAAACAGCAUCACUGUCCUGAGGAUGAGGACGAUGAUGAGGAGGAAGACGUUUCCUCUUCAACCAAGACGAUGAGCCACACGUCUUUCAUCGUUCAACUCGGCACUUAA